AUGGUGCCCGCCCGGCCGCCCGGCGUGGCGCUCGCUCGCUCGCUCGCUCGGCCCGGCUCGGGCGCGGGGCUCGCGGCAGCCGCGCUUACAUCCCCGCCGGGCGCCGGCCUCCCUGCGCCGCCAGCCAGUACAUGGUGUCCCCCGCGGGAGCCGAGGCCGGGGCGGCCGGACUGGGGGCCGGGACGGGGGGGCACCGCCGCCGCGGCUGCCGGGCCCGGAGCUGCUGCCGCCGCCGCUGCUGCUGCUGCUGCUGCUGCCCGGGAGGCGGCUGGCGGCGGAGGCUCGGCUCCCAGUAGCCGCACAUCCCACAAUACACCGCUAAGGAGCCCGACCCGAGCGCUCACCCUCCUCCUCUUCCUCCUCCUCCUCCUCUUCCUCCUCCCCUCUCCUUCCUCGCCGCUUCCCCAGGCACUCUCCCGGCGGCGGCAGCUGCGCCGCCAAAGCCCCGGGCCCCAGCGGCCCCCCACCCCUCACUCGCGCGCUCCCACACUGCCUCCCCCCUCCCCGGGGGAAGGCCUUUUAAUUUAUUUAUUCUGCUGGGACUUAGGUGGGGGGCUUGGCUGGCGGGGGAGGGGGUCUCCCCAGGCUCUACCUCCCGCGGCUGGGGCUACCCUCCGAGCCGCGGCCGCCGCGGUGCGCGCCUCGGGCCUCCAAAACUGUUUCCAAACUGCCAAGACCGGAGGUCCGGGAGUGGCGGCGGCCAAUCAGCGCGAGGCUUCCAUUUUAGCAGUAAACAGUCCUCUGCGAAGCCGCCUUUUGCCAACCCAACCCUGGAAAGUUUGCAGAAGUGGAAGGAGCAGAAAAUGCCAUGACAGUGUAACUUACCAAAAGACUCCAUGGCACCGGGCUGAGCGGGGUCUCGACCGGAGAAGGGGCAGCGGGCCUGGUUCCCUCAGAGUGGACAGUCCUUUGGACAGCAGGAGCAGGCCUAGUUUGACUCUGACAAUCCUCCCACUAAGCCGCACAGGUGUCCGGACGGCCACACCGGGUGGGCAGACACGACCCCCGUGCCAUCGUCUUCCCUGGCACCACCAACCUACCUCCUUCGGGGAAACUGAGGUCAGAGGCGGGCUUGCCCCAGGCCGCGCAGCUGGGGCGGGGCUAAGCUGGGGCGGGGCGGGGGUUCCCAGAGCUGGAGACCGAGGCUCCUCGAACCCGAGUGCUGGAGGGACAGUCCGCCAAUCGAAGAAUCCCUGGCUGAUGGGGGAGGCCGAGCCGGCCAAUCAGAGGGACCCUGCCGGAAGGCGGAGCCUGCCAAUCAGGGGUGCCGGGCUAGGAGCGGCCGAAAUGUUCGGAUCUUGCCUGUGGGGGGCGCGCCGUGACGCGCGGGUGAGGGGGUGGGAGCUGCGCUUGCCGCUGAGCACUCCGUUUCUCAGUUGCCUCAGUUUCCCUGGAAAUGAGAGGUGAACGCCCUGGGCCAGGACCCU